AACAGAACACAGAAACACAGAGAGGCAGAGAGCUCCACACACAUCAGUUAGUGGCUUUAGGAGGACAAGAGUGAGAGAGGACAUAAAAAGAAGGAAGAAGAAGAAAAGAAAGAGAAAGGAGAAGAAGAAACUAAAGAAACAGACAUACAGAGGAAAGUGAAAGGCUGAGGGAGUUGUUGCUCGGUUGGAAAUCCAUCCACUUCACUUUGUGUCCAAGUAAGUGGACAAAACCAGUGUGACUGGGAGUCUACUGGGAGGACGGACUGGUUUCUACCCACAGUGAGCAGACUGCCAAGCACCAUGGCUGACAGCGUGAAUGAGGAGUCGGAUUAUAACCCAGGGAAAGAUGAGCUGGACUGGGGCUAUGAGGAAGGUGUAGAAUGGGGACUCCAUUUCCCAGCAGCCAAUGGAGAGUACCAGUCUCCCAUUAACUUGAACUCCAGGGAGGCUCAGUAUGACCCGUCCCUCCUGGAUGUCGGCUUAUCACCAAACUAUGUGGUGUGUCGAGACUGUGAGGUCAUCAACGAUGGACACACCGUCCGCAUCAUUCUCAAGUCCAAGUCAGUGGUAACUGGGGGUCCAUUGCCUAGUGAUCAUGAGUAUGAGCUUCAUGAGGUUCGAUUCCACUGGGGCAAAGAGAACCAGAGAGGAUCAGAGCACACUGUCAACUUCAAGGCUUUUCCUAUGGAGCUCCACCUGAUUCACUGGAACAGCACUCUGUUUAACACUUUGGAGGACGCUCUUGGGAAGAGGAAUGGAGUCCUCAUCAUAGCUCUCUUUGUGCAGAUUGGUAAGGAGCAUCUGGGUCUGAAGGCCAUCACUGAAGUCCUACAGGACCUGCAGUACAAGGGGAAGAGCAAGAUAAUUCCCUGCUUCAACCCCAACACUCUAUUACCAGACCCUUUACUGAGAGACUACUGGGUGUAUGAAGGAUCUCUGACCACACCACCUUGCAGUGAAAAGGUGACCUGGAUCCUCUACCGCUACCCUCUCACCAUCUCACAGUUACAGAUUGAGGAGUUUCGGAGGCUGCGGUCCCAUAUCAAAGGGGCAGAGCUACUAGAAGGGAAUGAUGGGAUGUUGGGGGACAACUUCCGUCCGACCCAGCCGCUUAGUGAUCGGACGGUCCGCGCUGCAUUCCAGUGACUCCCAGUUUCCACCGCCAACUCAGAAAAACAUUGGGACCUACACCUACAAGUACAGAAGAGAGAAGGAGGAAGAGGUGUGAAGAGAGGAGCGGAAAAAGAGGGAGUGAGAGAGAAAGUUGAUGUGGUUGUAGAUCAGUUGCAGACCGAAGGUGGACAAAGAAACUAUUGAUCUCACACCUCAGUGUUCGCUUUUGUUCGUGUGUGUGUUUGUGUGUCUGUGUGUGUGUAGGUGUGUCCUUUCUGGCAUAACCUCUCUGACCCCCUCUCACUCUUACUGUCUAUGUGAGCCCAUGCCUGCAUGUGUCCUGUCUGUCUCUAGUAUUAUUGUAUGUGUGUGAUAGGAGGCUUCACAGCUGACCCGUCUCUGCUGUCAAAACAAGAGGAAGUAUGAACCACAGAUGUACCUGAACACACACACACACACACACACACACACACACGCACGCACACACACACACACACACACACACACACACACACACACACAUUGUGCAUACACCAGGCUGGUCAUUAUGUGUUACAGACUGAAAGUGCUGUAGUAGACCUGGAUAAGUUCAACACACAAUUUACAGACUAUAUUUCUAACGUAAUACUUUGUUUGAAUUGUAUCUGACAAUGCAGUCAACGUGAAAGGGAAAAAUGUUCAUAUUAAAAUAUAUUUCAAUACAUGAAUCCACGUUGUUGGCCAAUUUAGACAAACCACCAUUGAUGGGCUGGCACCUGACUUGUCAAUCACCUAGCAAUGUCAUAUGUGUAACAUUAUUUCACUUUUUAAGCCCUUUUGCCCAAGAAAUUCGUCCAAGAGGUCCUGAAGAACCUGCAAUAUGUGGGAAAUAUAGUAUCAGAUACCACUGACAUGAAGGUUACUUGGAAAACUUCUCACUGAAAUUCAGUCCAGAAGUCUAGAUUAUAAUUAAAUAGUUAUAAUUAAAUAACUGACUUACUAAUAAAGGCCCACCAAGGGACAGUCAAAACAGAGUGGUGGUUUCACAGGGUGAUGGUGAGCAGCCACUCCUGUGUAUCUCUUGCUACCCUUUUCUGGCUGAAAUGUUUCUGAUUUUUAUUAAAUGGGGUAUUUCUUCUGAUUACAAAGCAAAGAGUGAUGGAGUUUGAUGAUUUGAAUCACCAGGUAGCAAGUGAUUCCUGCUGAGUUUAGUCACAUAACUUUUAUGCUCUCACUGUCUGUGUGAAUGUGAUUAGUUCCACUGCAACACAGUCACCAGAAUAAAUGUUGGUAUUGUGCAUUUU